AAAGGACCAUAUAGAAGUUAUCCAGACACACUUUGUCACAGCACCUGCAAGUGUCAGGACAGAACAAGCUCAGGUACAAAGAACUGGUAGAUAGAAAUCCCGAGAAGAGUUUGAGACUUCUGAGAGCUUGGAAGGAGGGGCGAGGAGGAGGAGGAGGAUGAGACAAUGCUGAAGAGAUAACGGAAGAUGAGCUCUCCUCUGGAGUAAAUCUCCCUCAAGCUGAUCAGUGUGUGUGAGGUCCAGCAGCAACUGUAUCACGCUGAAACUUGAGAUUUGACCUUUGAAGCAAAAGUUGCCCCCAGAAGCACUUCACAUUUUGACGUGAACAACUCAGUCUACUGACCUGUGGACCAGCAUCAUGUUGAUCUCUCAGCUCAGGUUCACUGUUGUCCCACUGCUGUUGUCGCUUCUUUUCAAUUCUGCAUCAGCCACGUCAGGCUCAGACUUUGUUUACGGGGCGCACCCUCGUUUUGUGUGCACCCCCCUGCCUGUGGAUGCAGACCCUGCAUGCUUCCCCCCGCAUGGUGCCAGUGUAGGUGGCUCCAGUAGAUCAGGGCAUCAAAGUGCACCUCCUGCUGGCUGGUGGGGCACGAGUGAAGAGGCCAAAGCCACUAUCCUUCACCUGCGGGAGAGCCUGGUUCAGCAGAAGGAGACCAUCCUGGAUCAGAGAGAGACCAUUCGGGAGCUGACCGCCAAGCUCAGCCUGUGUGAGGGCUUCGGUCGGAACCACCACGAGGACCAACACGGCAUGUCUUCGCAUCACUUUGGAGCUGGGGGUCAUCAUCAGUAUGCCGACAGCGACCACCAUAACAACCACCAAGGUUACCACGGCAACUUCAUACCUGACUCUCCACAUCACCUCUCAGUUGGGGGUCACAGAAAUGACGGGGGGCACAGUAGCAGCCACCAGGAGAAGGACAAACAAGCCACAUCUGGGGAGGGGUCAUCCUCUCCAGAGCAGAUGGAGCGGAUGUUGCAGGCGCUGAAGGAGCGACUCAACAACCUGCAGAAGAGGAACACGUCCAUCACCUACUCCAGCUCUCUGAAGGAGCUGCUGCAGCGGAAGAUCAGCACUCUGGAGGAGCAGCUGCAUCACAGCAGCAGCCCCUACAGCCACCACGGCGACGGAGAGCACCAUGACGAUGACCAUCACCAUGACGACCACGAGGAUCACUCCACCGACCACAUGGAUGACGAGCACAUCGGCCUCAGUGAAAGAGGGAACGAGACGGGCCACAACCACGACGACCACAGCGACGGCCAUCGUGACAGAGAGGGUGACCAUGACAACCAUAAUGACAGUUACCAUGAUGAUGACAGCCAUCAUGAGGACGAGCGACAGGACAGAGGUCACCAGGAAGACGGUCACCAUGACGACAGUCACCAUGAUGAUGGUCACCAUGGAAAUGAUGCGGCCGCUCAGAGCUACCUUUCACACACUUCAGGGUCCCAAAGCGGUUUCCACCCAAACAAGCUGGAGACGAUGCUCAACCAACUAGCAGGCUCCAACAGGAAGAGGAUGCACAAUCCAGACGCCUUCCAGAUCAGCUUCCCCAUGAGGACCAACUACAUGUACGGGAGAGUGAAGACGACUUUGCUGCAGGAGAUCUUUGCUCUCACCUUGUGUCUGUGGCUGCGGGCCGGGGUGGGGCCUGGAAUGGGGACCCCCUUCUCCUACUCUGCACCGGGGCAGGCCAAUGAGCUGGUUCUGAUUGAGUGGGGAAGCAACCCCAUGGAGCUGCUCAUCGAUGACAAGGCUGUGACUCUGCCCCUGACGGUGAGCGAUGGGAAAUGGCACCACGUGUGUGUGACCUGGUCCACUCGGGAGGGUCACUGGGAGGCCUACCAGGACGGGAUGCAGAGGGGCUCUGGGAUGAAUUUAUCCCCCUGGCAUCCUAUCAAACCUGGAGGGGUCUUCAUCCUGGGGCAAGAGCAGGACACUCUCGGCGGUCGCUUUGACGCCACCCAGUCCUUUGUGGGCGAGUUGUCAGACCUGCAGAUGUGGUCUCACGUCCUGAGCUCCAGCGACAUCUACAGCCUGGCAUCCUGCGGCAGCCACCUCAGAGGUGACGUCAUCUCUUGGUCAGACACAGAGGUGGAGCUGCACGGAGGCGUGACCCAGUACGCAUUUGACCCCUGUCACUGAGGAAGGACAGAGAGCCCCCCUUACAACACUUGAUGCCUUCAUCAUCAGUGACUUCAUAUGAGAGGACACUUCUUCAUGUGUCAUUUCUCUCUUUAAAGACUUUAGAGGAGAUCCCAAGGUUUUUUUUUACCGACCCAGUAAGUGCUUUGACAUAUUGUCAUUGUGUUUAUGAAUGUUUUUCUGGCCUGGACUCUUUUGGAAGAACUCCGGUCAUACAGCUAAAACACCAAAGAAAGUAGCCAGGCGUUGACAGUGUUAGCAACUUUAGCAUAUUCCAACAUUUUCAUCCAAAUAAAAGCAAUAUUUUACUACGUUCAUAAAAUGGAAAUAUGCACUUAAUUAACAUCUACAUCAAAUAUCUGUCAAACAUAUUUAGGCUUUAAAGUACUUUGCUCAUAUUGUGUUAUGUCAUUUUCAUCUUUUGUUUCAUGUUCAGGCCUUGACUGUCAUUGGAUGAUUUUUAAUUUGUAUUAGCGUUAACUUGUGUAUAAAUAAGACAUUAAAUAUGUAUUUCUUCUUUGAGAAAUUAAAAGAACUUUAGUCACA